UGCAGGACCAACAUGGAGGAGUUUGAACAUUUUCCACGUUCAUGUGCAGCGAGCUGAAGGCAAGUGAGGCGAGUUUGACGUUUGCCCGGCUCACGGACACUUCCUGUCGUGACACCUCGCUCCUCGUUGCCAUGGAGACGUAACAGCUGCACACAGGCUAACCAGCGCACAGCGGCGUCACAGAAGAGGCCGCUAUCACUUCAGCAUCACAGUCAGCUCCAGCGGUUUCUCCUGUCCAUCAUAUAUUUAAAGUGGCUGUUCAAUGCCGAAUUCAUCAGAAGUGCAAGGAGGGAACCUGUCUGGGCCAGAAGAGCCAUCAGGGCAGCAGAGGACAACUGAUGGGGAGGAGGGCCGCGGCCUGAUCAGCUCCCUGGCCCGGGACGCCGCCAGAGCCAGGAGGGCUUCCAGCGUGGAGCUCCAGCUGCCGUGGACCUGCCCGGUCACUCACUCCAGAGAGAAGUUCUACACAGUGUGCUCAGACUAUGCUUUCCUCAACCAGGCUGCUUCGGUGUAUUGUCCCCCGAGCACAGCCAGGGACGAUGCACAGAACAAGCAGGAUGAAGGGUCCACGCUGAUGAAGACCAAACCCUCAGUUGACUUUAGCUCUUGUGGGGCCCAUGUGGGAUCAGACGGGGACUAUGAAAUGGAGCAAGGGUCCUCUGGCAACACCAAACCCAUUCUGGCCUGGGAGAUCGACACAGCAGACUUCGAUGCCGUGCUUAUGAGAAAUAUAAGAACAAGCAAUGUGAAGAAAUGCAGCACCAAGAAGAUGAAGUCAUCGGACAGACCCAGCCGCAAUCUGCAGGACAUUCCUCCUCAUGCCUCCACGGAGGAGAUCAAACAGAGAAAAGUGCUAGACCUCAGAAGAUGGUAUUGCAUCAGUCGGCCCCAGUACAAGACUUCAUGUGGAAUCUCCUCUUUGGUGUCCGUUUGGAACUUUUUAUACAGCACUUUGGGUGCAGGAAGUCUCCCACCCAUCUCUCAGGAGGAGGCUCUGCAUAUUCUUGGCUUUCAGCCGCCUUUUGAUGAAAUAAAGUUUGGUCCUUUCACCGGAAACGCUACUCUUAUGCGGUGGUUCAGACAAAUCAACGAAAACUUCAGAAUGAGAGGCUGCUCCUACAUCCUGUACAAACCCCAUGGAAAACACAAGACUGCAGGAGAAACAGCGGAAGGAGCGUUGAUGAAGCUGACCCAAGGGCUGAAGGACGAGUCCAUGGCCUACAUUUACCACUGUCAGAACCACUACUUCUGCCCUGUGGGCUUUGAAGCUACACCACUCAAAGCAGCAAAAGCUUACAGGGGCCCUCUACCCACAAAUGAAAUGGAGCACUGGAUUCUCAUCGGAGAGCCCAGCAGGAAACACCCAGCUAUUCAUUGUAAAAAGUGGCUGGACAUUGUGACUGACCUCAACACACAGAACCCAGAAUACCUGGACAUUCGUCACACAGAGAGGGGGAUCCAGCAGCGCAAAACCAAAAAGGUGGGCGGCAACCUGCACUGCAUCAUGGCGUUCCAGAGGGUGAACUGGCAGAAGCUCGGCCCCUGGGCAAUGAAUCUGGAGAACCUGCGCCACGACUUUCGCCACUCCAGCCCGGAGCGGGCCCACGGACACGUCUCAGAGGACACGGAGGAGAGUACGUCGAGUAAACGCCUGGCCCACCUGGGACGCUCGCACAGUAUGGGAAGUCAGAAAGACACCAGCUGGAAACGCCUGUCCAACACCACAGAGUACAGACGGAAGAGCUCCCCUAACAGCGAACUCCAAGAAGACAUCACAGACUGAAAAGGUUCAGCGGGACAUACAGGGGAGGACGAAAUAACCGACAUUAUAACACAAUUCAGUAUCCUUAAGAUACAGUUACAGAUAAAGUCUGGGUUUGUUCUGUAUUUAUUCGUCGAUAAAUGUAAAACAAAAAACAAUCAGUCCAUAUGUCUGUACGUUCUGCCUUCCGUUUGUGGCACUGAACUCAAAACCCAUAAGUUCAUACUGAAGAUGUUAACCUUUAAAAAAUGCACCACUUAUAUAUGGUUUCAAAACUUAAUGUCCUACCACAACUGGGCCUUGUAGUUUCUAAUCAAACUAUAUUUAAACAGAAGUAGAAUAAGAACAGAAAAACUUAAAGCAGUGGAUUAAUACAGUUAAUGCUCUUGC